UAGCAAGCAGCCAGUAUAGAUACAAGAUGUUGCGUUCCGGUUUAGGAUUAUUGAGACGUAUGUGAGCGGAGAGAGGAGUGCUGCCGUCAAGCGGACGGAGCGGAGAGCAGGAGUGGAAAGACUGGAAAGACUGGAACAGAAGACGAGUGAAGAAAGACCUCAGCCAUGAAGGCUGGAACAGGAAGGAUAUUCCUGAGUGAAGCUCUUGCAGCGGCACUGUGUUGCUUCCAGAGCUGUGCUACUGUUGAUUCCAGAGUAUACUGCUGCCUCGGACUGUUGACGAACCGUACUAACAUCUAGCUACCUCCCGUGUUAUGGUGCCUUCCAGGGCUGCCGUCAUGAGCAUCCGUGGUGUUGCUUCCGUCAAAGCUUCCCACGACCAGGAACAGGAGAUUUUGGUUGCCCAACGUAAGAACAGACCCCUCUCCCCAGAUCUUACCAUCUACAAGCCACAAUUGACUUGGGUUUUGUCGGGUUUGCACAGAGUCACUGGUGUUGCCAUGGCUGGUGGAUUCUAUGCCUUGACCUGUGGCUACGCUGCUUCGUCGAUCUUUGGUUUGGGCUUGGAUUCCGCUGCUUUGGUCUCUGCCUUCACCGCGUUGCCAUUGGGAGUCCAAUUCUUGGCCAAGGCUGUUAUGUCAUACCCAUUCGUUUUCCACUCCUUCAACGGUAUCAGACAUUUGGUCUGGGAUACCGGUAGAGAAUUGACUCUCAAGGGGGUUUACAGAACUGGGUACGUUGUUUUGGGACUUACUGCCACUCUUGGUUCCUACCUCAUCUUCUAUUAAAUCUUGCAUUUACGUAUUUAUUCUUUAAAACCAUGAAACUGUG